AUGGAGACGGGAGGACUUGGCAAAGACACGACAGGACUUGGCAAGCAGACGAGAAAUGAGAGAAUGAGACCGGCUACAGACGUGCUGAAAGACGACUGUGUCGCAUGCUAUACCACACGCGUCUUCGACAGUCUUGUCGAGGUUAAUCUGAUACCAAAUCAGAACGUCUUCAUCAUAUGA